AUGGCGGCUGAAGUCUCACAACUCUCACCAAACAGCCCGAGCGCGAGGAGCGAGCACCCAACCACACAACCCAUGUUCAAUGCCUCCAUCUCGCUCGAGACCCUGGCCGGCGCUCAACCGACGACUUCGGGAACGACUCGCGCAACCGCUUCCGAGUUCCCAUCGGCUUCGAUGAACGAACGAGCCACCUCUCCCUCGAUACUGUCUGCCUUGGCUCGGCGGAUCGUAUCAGAGUCAAACGACCGUGCGAAUGGUCCGCCUGGCGUUGGGUCAUGGCAUUCGGCGCAGAAAGGACUCGUGUCGCCGAACGGCCCCAAUGGAGUUCGUCAAACCCUUCUCGACUCCAGUUCGCCACGAGGCAUUAUGGGCAAGACCAAGCCACGUAUGGUGCUCCGAGUCGAACGGGAUUACUCCGACGGCCAAACAUGCCAGUUCUGCUGCGACUGGAUUGACGAACUGGAAGGGAGGGUCAGGCCCCGAAUACUUGGCAAAUUGAAAGCGGUAUUCGUAAGCUAAGCAUCCUAACUCUCCUUCACCCAAUAGGUCACUCGAAAUGACUUUGAAUCGAUGCUGAACGGGAUGAACGCAAUCCUCGCUUCGGCACACGACCCCUAUCGAUCGAUCGUCGACAACUGCUGCGCCAUCUUGACGUUUUAUCUCUCGCCCAAGUUGUUCCCAUCCCAUUUUGCCAAAGUCAGUACCUGUGUCUAACUAUAGCGCAGUGUGUCUGGCUCUUGAGGCUGAUCAUGUCAUUCCUUCCUUUCGAAUGUUCUUGCCUUUGCUCAGUGCAUGCGAGAGUUCGAUCGAGUCUUGGAAAGGGCCAAUCGGGAGAUCUACAACCCCGUCGGGCUGAACCUUCUUCCCCCGCGACGGACAGCUUUUUUAUUUGUGAGUCUCGAGUGAGUCUGAGUAUUUCUGAAAAACGCCAAGCUGACGCGGGAUCGCCCUUCGUGUUCUGUUUGUGAUGUCCAAGAUGGAGAUCGAAUACUAUUGA